AUGCUCGCUUCGAGCUCAUCCGACUCGGACGAUUCGGGCAGCCUCGACUUGACAACCGUGGAUCGCCAAGUCGCCGACGCCGUCGACAACCUCGACUCGGACAAACAGACACGACAAGGGCGCGACUGGCGACCCAAGUCGACUUUGCACUUGAAGCAAUUCUCCGAAAUGACCAUUCUCGAGAAGAUGGCGGCGAGACGGUUGAUGCCGUCCGAAUAUCACUCGUUGAAGCCGGCGACGGUCGAUCGGGGUCCGGUACCCAAGCACCCCCUGUUGCCUGAACACCUCUUCAUCCUGUCACAUGCACUGCUUGCACCGGCAUUGCAACAAUUGAGCUAUUAUUUUUACCCUGUUCAGUUAUCACUACGUUGAUCAUGGUGUUACACACCGUCAAAGCCACCGUCCAAUUUCAUCUUCAGGUCUGGAGGGGUUGUGAUUGCCGCCGGUGUCACGUGCGCGUGGACUUCGACUAAUUGAGCCGCUGCGGCCCCUUCUAUUCCAUCCGCACAGGAUACAAAUGGCCGCCAGCAGUGGCUUGGUUCGUCUACGUUGCCAGCUACAUUUUCUUUGGGAAUCGGGUGGUGAGUCCAUCUCGUUCAUCAGCUCGAGCCCAACGCUGGUCUGACGACUGCACGCCACUUGCCUUUUCGGAUUGCCCAGUUUAACCGAUUUACGCACUUCGCUGUAAGCUCCGGCCUCGUCACUGGGGUUACUCGUGCAAUCCACUCAUCUCAUCAUUUCCUGAUGUAUCUUAGCUCAAAUACGGGACUCUGGAUGAGAAGAAUGUUGGUCGGGACCGAUACCCAGACAAGGCCAUUGACCAACUAGCCCUCGUCAGUAUAUUCAAGAGUCGGCUUUGACUUUAACAGCAAUAACUGAUGACAUGAGGAGUCCUUCCAUCCACGAUAUCAAAGGGCCAACUCGCAUUUCUUCUCACUCGAACCUUUGGCGAAUUCUUCAUCAAAUACGAUCGCACCGAGAGCCCCAUCAACGCCUUCUCUUGGACGACCCCUAUUCGGUGGUUCUUCUGGCUUAUUGCUCUCGACUACUUCUUCUACGCGUAUCAUCGCACAUCCCAUGAGGUCGAUUUCUUUUGGAGAAUUCACAAGACCCAUCAUACAACGCGCCACCCGUCGCCGCUGUUGUCAAUCUUGUCGUCUGAGAUCCAAGAGGUAUGUUCUUCCCUGCCGCAGACCCAAUUGUCGACCCUCGCUUACUGAAUAAGCUCUUGGCAGGUAAUCGAAAUUGCUCUGGUCCCACUCUCGGCCACUCUACUGGUACCCAUGAACUUCCACGAACUUUUCAUCCUCUGUGAGUACACCACGCCACCCCCAGCCGCAGGAGUGAUGGCUGACAAGUGCGGGACGUUUCACAGCGGUCUACACGUCCUAUGUCGAGUUGCUCGGCCACACGGGUAUUCGUGCAGAGUGGGAACUCCCUAUUACGGGUUUACCCCUCAGACUUAUUGGGUGCAACCUCUUGAUUGAAGAUCAUGAUACUGUGAGUCUCACUUCGCUUAGGCUUCACAGUCGAAGCUCCCUAAGCUGACCUCUAGCUUCUGCUCUGUCCUCUUGCGUCGGGGCCCAUAGCAUCAUCGAUUCGGUGAGGAACCAUAACACCACUAUGACACUAUCUCGUCCGAGUUCUUUCACUCACCAUGCUUCUUCCCCCCCUCUCACAGGCAAAUCGGGUCGAAACUACGGCAAGCAAAGUCGCUUCUGGGACGUCUUGUUUGGCACGACGACCGAUCGAAUUGAAAUGAGCAACUUGCCCGGUCAGAGGCCUUACUAA